AUGAGAAGAAGCAUAGUGGAGGUAGAUAGGCGAACUCUACGAUAUAAGUGUAGAAAUCGGGUUGCUCGUCUGCGGCAAUCGCGUCUAUUUGAGUUUGAUGUUCCAAGAACGAGAAAUUUACUUGGCAGCAGGAGUAGAGAAGUUAAAAAGGAAAUUAUUACAAUAGACGACAAGGAGGACGAGGUUGUGCUUAUUGAUGAUGAUGGUGAUGAUGAUGAUGAUGAUGAUGAUGAUGACGAAGCUGAUGUUGAUAGUUGCACUACUGAUGGUUUCGCAAAAUGCACUUCGCAUGUCGUCUCCGAAGGAGUUACUGACUUACCCGGCACAUUUUACGUGGAACCUCAAAUACAGUGUCCGAUUUGUUGUAAAAAUCUCUCACAGCUACCUCUUUAUGCCCGUGAAGCUCAUUGUGAUCAAUGUACUACAGGUGAGCAGCCUGUUGUACGAAAGCGUCAGCGUAAUGUUCCGUUGACGGAUGUUAAGAUGGUAAAAUUUAGGACUUUAACGGUAGUUGUUGAUGGUUUUAUGUUUAUGGAUCAUGAAGAUGUUAAAGAUUACUUUCUUUCGCACUUCCAUGCGGACCACUAUCAAGGCAUCUGCAAGUCGUGGAACCAGGGCCAAUUAUACUGCUCACAAUUAACGGCCGAUUUGGUCAUGCUUAAGUUCCAGAUAUCCUCCGAGCGGCUAACUAUCCUGCACCCUGGUAAAGUCUAUUAUAUUACUCCAGAAGUUCGAUGUACGGCUUUGGACGCUAAUCAUUGCCCUGGGGCUCUAAUAUUUUUAUUUGAAGAAGUAGACGUACACGGAAACGUCAGGCGUAGCGUCUUGCAUACUGGAGAUUUCAGAGCUAACAAUGAAAUUAUACAGCAGAUCUCAAGAAUUACUGGGGGACGGCCAUUGGACCUGGUGUAUCUUGACACCACGUAUUUGAACCCCUACUUUCAUUUUCCAUCGCAGGAAUCGGUUUUGGAGGCUACAGCUGCUUUGGCAUUAAGCAUCAACUCCAAAGGAUUGCAAGCCCAUUUUCAAGACAAGCAGCUUUCAAUUAUGGCUUUUGCGAAGGCUUCAGUUAAAGUGCAAUCUAAAUUUCGGUACCUGUAUCUGGUUGGUGCUUAUUCAAUUGGUAAGGAGCGGCUAGCAGUUGCAAUUGCACAGAAAUUGAACACCAAGUUAUAUAUUGCAAGAGAUUCGGCGCGGUACCAUAUGGUAAUGAAGUAUAUAAAUUGGUUUCCUGAGGGCAUUAUUACACAUGAUCCAUUUUUAUCCUGUGUUCACCUUGUGUCAUUUGAAGUUCUGUCCUCUAAGGACAGCAUAAAUGGGUAUCUGCAUGGGUUUCCAUCACAUUUGUAUAAUGAUGUUAUCGGUUUCAAACCCACAGGUUGGACGUUCAACAGUAAUUCUAAAUAUAUUCCUUCCGAUGUAAUUAUUGAGCGCUUUAAACAUGACAACGAAAGGUACAAGUUUGUGGUUGACCUUUUAAACAAUUCGAAGGUGGAUGAAUUAACUCUAGACAACUUUAAAACGCAGUAUAGGCCAAGUAAGCGAUAUCAAAUGUUCAAAGCACCAUAUUCAGAACACUCCAGCUUCAAAGACCUUUGUAACUUUGGCACUAGUUUGGAAAUGUUGUCUAUAAAGUCAACUGUCGGAUUAAAUGACGUCGAUAUGCAUGCACUAUGGUUUAAUACAUGGACAAUAAUAAGAGACAGUAAAGACUGUAUUAUUUGA